AUGUCGAACGGCACGGAUCAGGCGCAACCACCGUCGGAAAACACGCCUCCUCCGGCGGAAUCAAGGCCUCGGAAGCGUGCGUCGCCUGGGGAGGACUGGCUUCCUGCUGAUUGGACAACCCAAGUUAGAACUCGAACCUCCGGCACUAAAGCCGGUAUGGUGGAUAAGUUCUACUACGAACCAGUAACGGGUCAAAAGUUCCGGUCCAAGAACGAGGUUUUGUACUACUUGAAACAUGGAACGACUAUAAAGGCUGCCAAGAAAUCAGAAAACGGCUACACGCCAACCAAAAACUCGGAAGGUCAAGGAAGCAAGAAGAGGAAGAACAAAUCCAACAAGAAGGCUAAUGAGCCACCGCCAAAGCCACUAGACUUUGAUUUUCUGGAUGUGCCGGAGAAGGUCACUUGGACCGGGACAAUCGGCUCGAAAGAAGAUUGGUGGCCUUCCAUUGGGGACUACAAGAUUGAAGAAUCUGUUAGCCAAGAUUGGGACAGAGCGUUCACUUUUGUCACCCAAAACAAUGGGAAAUGA